UAUCAUGUCAUUUAACAAGCUUCCAUUAGAACCACUUUACGAGAAGAUUGAAGAAUUGAAACCAAAGUUCAUUGAACGUCUUUCCAAAGCGGUUUCAAUUAAAUCGGUAUCAGGAGAUGAAAGUUUAAGACCAAAUGUUGUAGAAAUGUCAGCAUUUUUAGUUAAUGAAUUAACUAACUUGGGAUUUGAAGAUAUUCAGUUAAAAGACUUAGGGAUUCAACCACCACCAGUUAAUGAUCCAGAAUUAAGAUUACCACCAAUUGUAUUAGGACGUUAUGGGAAUGAUUCCAAGAAAAAAACUGUUUUAGUUUAUGGACAUUACGAUGUUCAACCAGCAUCUAAAGAAGAUGGAUGGUCUACCGAACCAUUUGAAUUGGUCCAAGUGGAAGAUAUCUUAUACGGUAGAGGAUCCACUGAUGAUAAAGGGCCAGUGAUGGGAUGGUUAAACGUUAUUCAAGCCCAUCGUGAAUUAGGAUGGGAAUUACCAGUUAAUUUACUUGUUUGUUUCGAAGGUAUGGAAGAAAGUGGAUCAUUAGGUUUAGAUGAUUUAAUUGCCAAAGAAGCAAAAAAUUAUUUCAAAAAUGUUGAUACUGUUUGUAUUAGUGAUAAUUAUUGGUUAGGUACCACUAAACCAGUUUUAACUUAUGGAUUAAGAGGAUGUAAUUAUUAUCAAAUUGCAAUCAAUGGACCAGGAGCAGAUUUACAUAGUGGUGUUUUCGGUGGAUGUGUUGCCGAACCAAUGACUGAUUUAAUUAAAAUCAUGAGUCAAUUAGUUGAUGGUAAGGGUAAAAUUUUAAUUCCUGGUGUUUAUGAUAUGGUUGCACCAGUGACUGAAGAAGAAAAUUCUCUUUAUGAUGAUAUCGAUUUCUCAGUUGAAGAACUAAACGCAGCCAGUGGUUCAAAUACCGCUUUACACCAAACAAAACAAGAUAUUUUAAAACAUAGAUGGAGAUUUCCUUCUUUAUCUCUUCAUGGUAUUGAAGGGGCCUUUUCUGGUGGUGGUGCUAAAACCGUCAUUCCAGCCAAAGUCAUUGGUAAAUUCAGUAUUAGAACCGUCCCCGAUAUCGAUAGCGGUAAAUUAGAUGAAUUGGUUAUUAAUUACAUUAAUAAAUUAUUCAAAGAUUUAUCAAGCCCAAAUACCAUCAAAGCCGAAUUAAUUCACGAUGGUAACUAUUGGGUUUCCAAUCCUUUCAACGACUCCUUCACUGCUGCUCUGUAUGCUACCCAGCACGUCUGGAACAUGAAACCUGACUUCACCAGAGAAGGUGGUUCCAUUCCAAUCACCCUCACUUUCGAACAACAAUUGGGUACCGAUGUCUUAUUAUUACCAAUGGGUAGAGGUGACGAUGGUGCUCACUCAAUCAACGAAAAACUUAACAUCCCUAACUACAUCAACGGUUGUAAGACCUUGGGUAGUUACUUACAUUACUACGGGAAAUUCGAGUCAAAUAAGUAAUCGUAUAACUAUAUAUUUAUUGAGUUCAGGUGCAAAAACUCUUGUAAUUGCAAACCCAGCCGUCCCGUUGGUUAGCCAUUCGGUCUCCCCUGCUUCUCCCAUCUACGUAGCCUUCACCCCUAGAUCUUCCCUUCAUUUGUCUGAUUCUCUCGCAAAUUUCGUCCGCAAAGUAAACGAGAAGAGAAGGAAAAAUUUUCGUACUCCAAAAACGAAAAAC